UUUAUCACUGUGGAUCUAAGAUAAUGGCUUACAUCUUCCUUUGGGUCUUUUUAUUUAUUUGCGACAAGGUACUCCCUGGACGCGCAUGGACAGUGAACAAUUUGCUGAUGACUGGACCAAAGGCUUAUCUUACCUAUGCAAAUAGUGUGCAGAUCGGUGCGCAAAGCGGGAUACGUGAGUGCAAACAUCAGUUUGCUUGGGACAGGUGGAACUGUCCGGACAGCGCGCUGCAACUUUCUACUCAUAAAGGUUUUAGAAGUGCAACUAGAGAGACGUCGUUUGUCCAUGCAAUAAGCGCAGCUGGCGUUAUGUACACUUUAACCAGAAAUUGCAGUCUUGGAGAUCUGGACAACUGCGGAUGUGACAGUUCGAGGAACGGCAAAUUUGGGGGUCGUGGUUGGCUUUGGGGAGGAUGUAGCGACAAUGUGGAUUUUGGAGAGAGAAUUUCUAAACAAUACGUGGAUGCGCUUGAGACUGGACAAGACUCUAGAGCUGCUGUUAAUCUCCAUAAUAAUGAAGCUGGGCGUUUGGCUGUAAAGGCGACUAUGAAGAGGAUCUGUAGGUGCCAUGGCAUGUCAGAAAGUUGCACAAUGCAAACAUGCUGGAUGCAACUUUCUGAUUUCCGUGAGAUUGGCAAUUACCUGAAAGUGAAGCACGAUCAGGCCCAGAAACUCGAAAUGGACAAGAGACGAAUGCGCGCGGGCAACAGCGCAGACAACCGCGUGGCCAUGGCAGAUGCUUUCGGCUCCAUCGCCCGGACUGAGCUCAUAUAUCUGGAGGAUUCGCCGGACUAUUGCGCUAAGAACCUGAGUCUCGGGCUGCCUGGCACGGAGGGACGGGAGUGCGUACAACACGGGGAAAGUCUCACUCAGUGGGAAAGGAGAAGCUGCCGCAGGCUGUGCCACGAGUGCGGUCUGCGGGUGGAGGAGAGGCGCACCGAGAUAGUGAGCAGCUGCAAUUGCAAGUUCCACUGGUGCUGCACAGUAAAGUGCGAGAACUGCUCUCAGGUCACUGUCAAACACGUUUGCGCCCGGAGACACGGAGGCCAUGGGCACCACAGACGCAGACCUCGAGGACCAAAAUAAAACAAAAAAACAAACUAUUUUCUAAUGAGAAUAACCACAUCUGCACUUUUUCUUAAUAUUUGCUA